AGUCCCCUAGGGUGCCCGUCCUUCCGCGUGGCCUUGGUGGGAGGGGACUGGCGGGUGGUUCAGGUGUUGAGCCCAGGGAUGGUCACCACGGAAAGCGGUCUGAGAGUUGCUUCCUGCAGGCGUCCUUUUGUCUACAUGCAACUCAGCUUGGGGCCUCCUGAGAACUCCUGAGCAGAUGGGGAAAUGCAGGCCGCAAAGGCCAAGUAGCUUAUCAAGGUCAUGCAUUCGACAGCGGAAAGCCCGCGUUUGAACGCUGCUGAUCUGGAUCUGGCUCUGGCUGUGGUUGGGCUGGGCGCUCUGGAGCUCUGUGUUGCAGUAGGAAUAUGCACGGUUAUUGGUACCUGCCUCUCCUGCCUGUUGGGAGUGAGCCACUGCCCUGGGGGACACGGUGGGGUUCAGCUCUCCCCAGGGUGGUUGCCAGUCCAAGCCUGAGCCAUGGGGGAGUCCUGGUGGGAAAGCACUAAAAAGGGGAGGCCUUUCCCUGCCAUUGUCACUACUGUGCUGUCAUGUCUGUUGGGGAGCUCUGUGGCUUUCCUUCUCUGUCCCAGUACCUACCCAGUAAGCCCUAUGAGGACACUUGGAGGUUUGUGGAUUCCGUCAUGCAUGGGGCACCUGUGUGAAGGCUCAGGAUAGAGGUGACUGCUUGAUUUUUGAGCACUUGCUGUGUGCUAAGCCUCGGUCCUCAUUUUCUUGGAACUUAUUUCCAAAUGGGGCAAAUGGAUUUUUAAAAUUAAGCAAAUUAAGGGGCAUGAAGGAGCCCAGCAGGUUGUGAGAGACCCGGGAUGGCACUGUCCCGCAGAGCCCAGGAUAGAACCAAACAGGGAGGUCCUUGGGGAGGCUGUGGUGAGCCUUGAGGCUGGGGAGGGCCUGUGUGCCAUUCUCUGGGUGAGCUGGGCAGCUGUCAGCUGUGCAGACAGGCUGGAAGGCUGGCCUGGAGCAGGAGGAUGGCAGCGCAGUGUGGAAGGCAGUGUGGCCUGGGGUCCUCUACCUAUGCUGGCCAGCGUGGUCUGUUUAACUUGAAAUUAAUGAAACUUGAGCAAAUGCAAAGUUCAGUCCCUCAGUCAUAGUAGCCCCAUUUCAGGUGCCCAGCAGCCCCAUGGCCAAUGCCUUCUGUGUUGUGUAGCUCAAAUAUCCUGUCUCCUUGCAUGAAAUACACUACACAGCACUGGCCUGCUCCACCCUGUGCACUGGGUGUUUGAAUAAGGCUGGGGUGGGGGGAGAUCAAACAGACCCCAGGGAUUUGGUCUUACCUGCUGUGGGGGAGUACUGAGAGGGGAGGACUCGCUGGUGGUGUAGGGUGGAAGGGUCACACGGGCCAUCUUCCUAGCCUCUGCUUGCAGCUCAAGGGUAAGUCCUCCUCUAACUUUUCCAGCUUCCAACACCCUCUGAAGCCUGUCAGUCUUAUCAGAGUUUCAUACCCAUCCCCCCCAAAAAGAUACGUUAAUCCUUCUGUUCCCCAAAUCCUCACAGAAACAGAAAAUGAGGCAUCGAGAACCUUCCAUGUGAGCUUCAGAGGAACUUCCAGCUCAUGCGAGAGCUGGACCAGAGGACAGAAGAUAAGAAAGCCGAGAUUGACAUCCUGGCCGCAGAGUACAUAUCCACGGUGAAGACCCUUUCUCCAGACCAGCGUGUGGAGCACCUGCAGAAGAUCCAGAGUGCCUACAGCAAGUGCAAGGAGUACAGUGACGAUAAGGUGCAGCUGGCCAUGCAGACCUACGAGAUGGUGGAUAAACACAUCCGAAGGCUUGAUGCAGACCUGGCACGCUUCGAAGCGGAUCUGAAGGACAAGAUGGAGGGCAGUGACUUUGAAGGCUCCGGAGGACGAGGGUUAAAAAAAGGUCGGGGUCAGAAAGAAAAAAGAGGCUCCCGGGGUCGUGGCAGGAGGACCUCAGAGGAAGAUACUCCAAAGAAAAAGAAGCAUAAAGGAGGGUCUGAGUUCACCGACACCAUCCUGUCUGUGCACCCCUCUGAUGUGCUGGACAUGCCUGUGGACCCAAAUGAGCCCACGUACUGCCUGUGUCACCAGGUGUCCUAUGGGGAGAUGAUAGGCUGCGACAACCCAGACUGUCCUAUUGAGUGGUUUCACUUCGCCUGUGUGGAUCUGACCACGAAACCCAAAGGAAAAUGGUUCUGUCCACGGUGCGUUCAGGAAAGGAGGAAGAAGAAGUAAGGUGGAUGCCUGGACCAGAAGAGCAAGUUAAUAUAUUCCUUCUUCACGUUGCAAUAUUUUUUCUUCAUUUUAAAACUACCUUGUUUCCAAUGAUAUUUAAGAACUCAGUGGCCAGUUGUAAUUCUGGAGACUUCCUAAAACAAACAAGAAUCCUCCCGAGCCCUGUUUGCGCGAGGAGUGGUCUUACGGGGACUCGUCAUGAUGACUUUGUUCUGGAGACGUGGUACCGGCUCUGUGCCGGGGAGCUGAGCCUUCCAUGGGCGCCGUAGUGGGGACCGUCUAGCCCAUGCGCUGCCGUCCCUCUGCAGCUGAGGCGCAAGCCCGCGUGCUCCGUCCUGCUUUCCUGGGGCUGCCCCAGCACGUCGGGCAGCGCAUCUGUCCCCUGCGAGGCCUUGCCGGAGUCGUCUGCCGUGUUUGGGCUCUGUGCCAGGGCCCAUGGCCUGCCUGGGCCAGGUCGGCUCUCCCUAGGGGCGGAGCGCUCUGUUUCACUGUGCACUGCCGUUUCCGUCUGAGCUCCCCGUUCCCUCUGUGAGGGUUUCAUCUUCUGGAGUAGACGGCUCUCCGUCAGCACGCAGCGGUCGUUCCCGUGACUGGCCCACGGGAGCCGUGUGACAGACAGUGGGUGCGCCGUUUCUCUGGGAAUUCCUGACGUUUUUACUGUGAAGAUGAAAUUAUCAUAACAGCAUGGAGAUCGUGGGUCCGUGUGUCUGUGAAGUGAGUCCAGUCCAGUGAGACCUGAUUUUAAACCUGUCCUGUUGCACAUGGGUCGGUCAGCAGCUCCUGUCCAAGGGGAUGACGAUCAUGUGAUACGAUUUGUGAAUUUCUUGUGCCACACAGUCCUGGAAUGAACCUGGCAAACUAGAGUGUGUCUUCUGUUUAAUCUGCAUUCACCAAACCAGUCCUGAACCAUGUUUUUGGGAAUAGUUGGGGGAAAUUACAUAUGCUUGGCGUGUUGCGAUCCAUUUGUGAUGGUGCGUAGUGUGACUUCUGGGAACAUGCAUGGACUCGGAGACCCUCCGGCACACGUCUAAAGGAGUCCGAGGAGUCCCGAAGAAAGGGAACCUGUUUCUGUCCUCGAGGCAGGAAAAGAAAUCCAGGAGGCGGGGUCAAGAUGUGACAUUCCUAACUGUCGAAGAAUCUUGCCUUCUUUAUCAGGAGGCCUUCUGAAAUGGUGCACCUGCUUCCUGCAGUGACUGUGUCUACCAUAUGUUCCCGCCUUUUCUCUAAUAUUUCAUCAAGGGCAGGAGAUGACGUGGAGAGAAACUUGGGGACUGUGUCCUGCAUGGCCACUCCUCACCAAGGCCGUUUCCAGUCGGUAAAUGAGAGGUGAAUGUUAGCUUUGACAUCAGAGGGCCGUGAGCCUGCAUCUGUGGUUCUCGGCGGGUCAGCCCGUGCCCCAUGUGCUGUCCCACUGUCCCUUCGGGGCUUCCAGGGCACUGCAGGUGGGGUCAGUUGGAGAGUGCCACCCUUUCCGUCCUGUGCUGCAUGGUUAGGGUAGGGGGUCAGCAGCUGGCCUGACGAGCUAUCCCAGAGCUGAUGCCUUCCUGCUGCCCAGAAAGGAGGGGAGGGGGGCUCAGGAGGAGCACCGGCCAGCUCGCGUUCCUCGGUCUCAGCUGUGGCCAAAAACGAGGCUCAUUUGUAUUUGGUCACUUAGAUUUUUGUUAACACAGGUGUUUAAAGAUUGUGGGGAAUAAACUGUGGAAAACUGUUUCCUUCACUGUCUUACCAGUCUCUCUGGAGAGGGCAGGUGAGCGCACGAGUUUGUGAUGGCCCUUUGGAAGCUGCUGUCCUAUUUGCACUGCAUCUUAGAACACUUCCGGCUGCCGUCAUCAUGGGAAACCGGUGCCCAGGGGUGGCUUGGUGGCUGGCCGGGGUGCCUGGUCCGGGGCCUCGCUCGCAGCGCAGGAGGGCUGGCCAACUUCCCUGUGGGGUUUUGUGUGUCGCCAGGUGAUAGCCCAGCCACCGGCCUUCUUUUUGUAGGUCUCUGUGCCUGCUGUCUCUUGCGUUCACCUCUGUCGGUUACGUAAAUAUCCCUGGAACAACAUGUGUAGGUAGAGCUUUGGAGAACACAAGACGUGAGCAGAAUAGGAAGAUUCCCUCCCCAGAACACUGUUUGUGUCAACACGGAUCCACUGCCCCUUCCUGACUGCAAGUGCUGCCCAUAGUUGCAGCAACACCCAGCAAUGGCUGUUUGCUGAAGAGACCAGGUCCUCCCCGUUGGCCUGGCUCCAGUCCUGCAGGGGUGGCUGGUGCCUCUGACGAUCGCCCCAUGAGGCCUGGCCGCCGACAGUGGGGUGAUUCCCACCAGAUCCUGUGCGCCUGCCGGGCACCAGACCUGACCUGGAGGUGGCUGCAGAGCCCUGUUCCUUGGGUUGAGGGGGGGUUUGGGCUGGGCCCAGAGGUCCCUGUCUCAGUUGCACUUGAGCCAAGGGCCGCAGGACUUCCUUGCAGAGAAGGGGCACCUUGUUCAGAGGACACUCAGUGCUGUGUUAGCAGUCAGUAGGUUGACAAAUAGCCUCUCGUUUUCCUGUAGAAGAACACACGUUGCACUUCCAAAAAUAAUGUGUGAAACUGAGCCCCCCGUGGCCGUUGCCCAUGGAACUGCCGGCUGGGGCUGCGGAUAGAGCUGGGCCCGUGUGCCUGGCCCCCGGUGGCCGGCUGUGAGAUGUGACCAGCCACGGCCACAGGAGCCUGGUGGCUUCUGGUCUGCACAGGGAUGACGGAGAUUUGCUGGGACGUGUGGGGACGAUGGUCCUGUCCCGGGCAGCCAUGAGGCACUCCCGACUUGUAGCUGGCUGCCCAGGUCAGGGUUGGCUUUGAGCAGUAACGCUGUCCUGAGAGCAGCUUCCCUGUGUGGCCGUGGCUGGAAUUCGGACACUUGUCAUGGGCCUUGGAGAUGGAAGGUUUUCCCUAGUUGUUAGUGAGCCGGGACUGGUCCUCAUUCCCUGUGCCGAGAGAAGUUUUAAAACAAAGUCUAAGAAAAAUGUUCUCAUUCAGAAGAGAGUUCUAUGAAGUUUCUUUCUUUCUACAAAUGUAUUUUGUGGUGUUCACUUUUACCACAUUUCAUCCAAAAAGAUGAUGCAGCUUUAACACGAAUGUUACAUUUUAUUUUCAAGGAAUUAUCUAUGUUCCCUUUGUAAAGGAAAGAUAAUAUUGUAAAUCUUUUUAUUAAAUAAUGUAGAGAUGUAUAUCUGUAUUUUUGGAUCAUGUUCUAGAUUAUGGAUAUAUUGUUUAAUAAAUGAAGUAUUUUUUGGAA